UGCAAAGAUUGAAAAUUGCAUUUAAGCUAACCAAGAACAACCAAACCAGAGACCAAACAUCACACACCAUGGAUGAUGAAGUGAAGUUGUUUGGAUUUUGGGCAAGUCCUUUCAGUCUAAGGGUCAUUUGGGCUUUGAAACUUAAAGGUGUGGAUUAUGAAUACAUUGAAGAAGAUAUCCCUCACAAUAAGAGCGAGUUGUUGUUGAAGUACAACCCGGUUUAUAAGAAGAUCCCAGUGCUUGUUCAUGGUGGAAAGCCAAUUGCAGAGUCAUUGGUUAUUUUAGAAUACAUAGAUGAGGUGUGGCCACAUAGUCCUUUGCUGCCGAAAGAUGCUUAUGAGAGAUCCGUAGCCAGGUUUUGGGCCAAAUUCAUUGAUGAAAAGAUUCGACCAAUGUGGGAAUUCUUUCAUAAAUUCGGCGAAGAACAACAAAAGGCAAUCGAGAACAACUUUAAAAUUCUGAGAACCAUUGAGGAACAUGGUCUUGGAGACAAAAAGUUCUUUGGGGGCGACCAAAUUGGCAUAGCUGAUCUUAUUUUUGGAAUGGUUAUUCAUUAUUUUGCGCCUAUGGAAGAUGUCAUGGGAGUGAAGUUCAUUAAAGUGGAUACCUUCCCACGCCUGCAUGCAUGGAUGAGGCAUUUCAGCAAACACCCUGUGAUCAAAGACAAUGUCCCUGAUUAUAGUAGAGUUGUUGAUUAUCUUAAAGGAUAUCUCGACAUAAUCAGUAGAAUGCAAAAGGGUUGAGACCUUUUUAUAUCAUUUAUUUAUUUUUAGGUUAAAUUUUACUAUUAGUUGAUCUAUUAUACGAAAUUUGCAAGUUUUAGUUCUUUUAA